GGCUGCAGGGAAGUCCCGGGCUGGACUCCGGAGCAGCUGGAGAGGAGCUCCGCCCUGCAUUCUGAGCAAGUGUCUCAGCACAAAGUGCAGCCCUCCCCUUUUGCAACUGGGAGCGGUUACUGCCAUGCAGCGUAGCAAAACGGGAGCGAGAGCACUUUGUGCUGAUACAAGGGCAGCUCUCUCCUGCAACCCGGUCCGGGCCAGGGACCGGGUUUUGUUGUGCAGGGCCAGGGACCGGGUUUUGUUGUGCUGGGGAGCUCAGCCACGUGUCCGGCUCGCACAGAGCCCAACACCCUGUUCUGAGCAGCAGGAGUGUCCCUAUCAUAAACCCCUCGGGUUUGAGUCAGGAGCGCUUCCUUCCGACCAGAUAAGCUGUUCCAAUUCCGAGCAGUACACCGGCUGGUAUUCUUCAUGGACUGCAAACAAGGCCAGACUUAAUGGCCAGGGUUUUGGGUGUGCAUGGCUCUCCAAAUUUCAAGACAAUGGGCAGUGGCUGCAGAUUGAUAUGAAGGAAGUCAAAGUUAUCUCAGGGCUACUCACACAGGGGCGCUGUGAUGCGGAUGAGUGGAUGACAAAAUACAGCGUGCAGUACAGGACUGAUGAGAAUCUGAAUUGGAUUUACUACAAGGACCAGACAGGAAACAACCGGGUUUUCUAUGGAAACUCAGACAGAUCAUCCAUUGUCCAGAAUCUCCUGCGCCCUCCGAUUGUUUCCCGCUACAUCCGAUUAAUACCUCUAGGCUGGCAUGUGCGCAUUGCCAUCAGGAUGGAGCUGCUGGAGUGCAUGAGUAAAUGUGCUUAAAGUCCAAUCGUGUGGCUUUCAAGGGGGUGCGAGGAGAGUCCUUAGCAAAACGUAGAAAGACAAUAAACACAAUGACAAGGGUAGCAAAGGUGAGCUCGAUUCUGCCAUAACAACUCACAGCCUGCACAACGGGGUUGCCCAAGGAUGGAAGUCAGAGCAGAAUCUGGCUCCAGUUAGUUUUGUUGAAACUGAUCUCAGGAGCUGAGCUGUGUGGAGAUCCCUGGUUUUGUGUCUUGAAAUUGUCACAAUGAAAACAGAGGUUUGGGGCAAUUUCAUCUGCUCUCAGCAAAGCAGGAAAAUGUUGAACCUGCUGCCCUCGUUCAGAGGCCAGAAGAAAACAUUUACCAAAAAAUCUCCCACUCAAGACCAAUGUUUUUUCACAAGGGCUGCAGUGUGUCCUCACUUUCCACUGAUGCCAAUAGGACUUGCAUAUAGGAACUAAAGUCCAGCAAAGACUUAAUUAGAUUUUUAAAGAACCUUUGCAUAUGGUUUCACACAGCUCCAGUUUCUGAUUAUGUUAUAGUUUAGUUGCUAAUCUCCUCUUGUGUAACAUUAAAAAAUUCUACUCUAUGUUUACUAACAACGUGUUAAAGGUUUCAAGUGUAUUCAGUAAGAGUUUAGAGGCUUGCUUAAAAUUAUAUUUGGUGAAGUGUAAAUGUGAUUUGGACAUCUAGGUGUUUAAGAGUAAAAAAUGAAACCAAACUCUUUAUUAUAAGUGUAUUGCUCCCACAAAUAUACAAUGUAAAUGCUCAUCCUGUAAAUUAAAGGGCUUUCUGGAAUUGAAAUGGAUUUUAACAGCACAUAAAAUAAUA